AACGGUGGAGUCGGUCACACUUGAGGUCAGAGCACUUUUUUCCGAGCACAACAGGUUCGCAGUUGUUUUUUUUUUGUGUGAACGAGGAGAACAGGAGGCAGCUAGGAUGAGCAAGGAAAUCUAUUUGGCCACCGUGAAGCAGCACAACACGGCCAAGGACCUGUGGAUAGUCAUCGACAACAAGGUGUACGAUGUGACGAAGUUCCGGCUAGAGCAUCCCGGUGGCGAGGACUCCCUGGUGGAUGUGGCCGGUCGCGAUGCCACCAAGGACUUUAACGACGUGGGUCACAGCUCGGAGGCGAGGGAGAUGCUGAAGAAGUACUACAUUGGCGACCUGGCCGCUGCUGAUAGAGUCAAGAAGAGUCCAAUUAGCUGCCGUCAUAUUGCCUUGGCUCUGGGCGCCGCCGCAAUUGGAAUCGCGCUGGUCUAUGUGAUCCGACGCGGAGUGGCCAGGAAUUAAUCCGUGGCCGGGGGACCCGAAAGCCAGCUUCAUUCCGUGAUUACAGAGAUAUUUUUCCAACUCAAUAGAUCAUUUUCCAAACAUUUGAUACGAAAUAAACUGUACAAAUUGCUUAAACAAA